GACUGCGUUAACCUGUGGCGGGCUUCCCGGUUCUGGACAGGAGAUUUUAGUCCCAGUGGAGGCAGCAGCCGGAAAUCUGCAAAGCAGGUUAAAAUACGCAGCAGAGGUCUGCAGCCCCGGGGCUCGCAGAGGUAUAGAGACCAGGGUUACUUUCAGCGCGAGGAGAAGGGAGAUAGCCAGGUCAGGAAUCCUUCCUAGUAAAGGCCUCAGGGCGGCCGUGUGUUUCCAGAGAAGGUGUGCACAUCAGGGUAUUUGUCUAGCGCGCUCUUUGCCGGAGCACCUUAUCGUGCACUUGUACGCCGCUCGCUGUUGCUUUUGCACGGAGCCAGAAUCUGGAGUGCUGGAUUCUCCCCUUUAAAGCAUUCAGUCUUCAGCAGGAGACAAUCCACCCAGCGCACUUUGGGAUAGGGUUGAUCAUUUAAAUGAACGUCAGGAAGGCCUUAAGAAGGAGGCCUCUGAAUGAGUUGUGAAGAGCUGUGGAUUAAAGCCGUAGAAAAGGAUUGAACUCAGGACCCUGUUCUUGCAAGAUGUCUUUGGUCAGAGUGAACCGUUACUCUCCUCGAGGAGGUGCAAAAAAAGCACUGAAAGUGAAGAAGAAGAAAACUACAGUGAAGCAAGAAUGGGAUAAUACUGUGAAUGAUCUGACAGUUCAUCGGGCAACUCCUGAGGAUCUGAUACAUCGUCAUGAAAUACACAAAUCAAAGAAUAGAGCAUUAGUACACUGGGAACUCCAAGAAAAAGCUCUGAGAAGAAAAUGCAGGAAACAGAAACCAGAAACUUGGAAUCUAGAGAAAACUAGAUUGUCUAUCAUGAAGGAGAUUCUUUCUGAUCAGUACCAGAUGCAGGAUGUGUUGGAGAAAUCUGAUCAUUUGAUGGCUGCAGCAAAAAAGCUCUUUGUUGAUGCUCCUUUCAGGCGCACAGGGUUUCCAAAUGUAACAAUGGCUCCUGCUUCCUCUCAGGGUCCCAUCACGGUGAACCAAGACCCGAUUGCCCAGUCCAUCCUUACUGAGUCUGUCCUGGAGCCUCAGGCCCUUAAUGAAGUAGAUGAUGAAGUAGAAGGAACAGUUAACAGCCAGUCUGAAGAAAGUGAGAAUGAGAUGGAUAACUCUCUAAACCCUCAGGCUAGCAUGAACAUGGACAGGUUUCUCCACCAACUGAAAGAAGAUAAUUCUGAGUUAAUUAAUAAACUGUGGACCGAUAUUCAGCAGAAGAUAGCAAUGCAGUCACAAAUAACAGUCCCUCCUGCAACUCUGUCUUCUGCUCUUUCAUCAGAGGAACAAAGAGCUGCUCUGAAUGCUACUGAUGCUGUCAAGAGAAUCGAAAGCAGACCUCAAUCUGAAGAAUCCCCUGGGACUCUAGACUCAAGCUAUAUUGUGGGACAAGUGCUGAACUCAAGGAAGCAAAAACAGCUGUUAAGUAAAGUGAAAAGAAGACCAGAUUUGUGUGUUCCUUCCAAGCAGAAGAAAAACAUGCUGUCAGCGAGCACAGCCUCUGCAGACUUGCAAGGUGGCACUAACUCCAGCCUGGAUGUCCUCAAACACAUGAUCCACGAGGUGGAGCAGCAGAUGGAAGACUAUGAGCGGUGCACGGGCCGUGAGGUCACGGGACUGCAGGGCGGCCAGGGUCUCACAGGCUUCACGUUGUCCCUGGUCAGCUCCCUCUGUCGCCUAGUUCGGUACCUUAAAGAGAGUGAAGUUCAACUACGUAAAGAAGUAGAGACAAGGCAACAACUGGAACAAGUAUUAGGCGAUCAUCGAGAGCUCAUUGAUGCUCUGACAGCUGAAAUUCUUCUUCUUAGAGAAGAAAAUAGUACCAUACAGGCUAGACUGCAGCGGUACAUGGCCACAACAGACGAGCAACUUAUAUCACUCACACAUGCCAUUAAGAAUUGUCCUGUGAUAAAUAACUCUACACAGGAAGCUCAGGCUUCAGAAAGGGGAGCCACAGACGGAAGAGUUGGGGACAGUCCAGAGGCCGCUGCUGUAAGCACUAAUGUGUCCGUGCCGUUGAUGUUCAGAGGGGAAGAAGUGGUUGAUUUCCUGCAGGAAGAGUUGCCUGUUAAACUGUCUCAGAUGCCGAACCCGGCUGACAGUACGCAGCUGGCCAGUGGUUUUCCUGCACGUGUCUUUGAGCCAGCUGUGUUGUUAACACCACCCAGGCAGAAGAGCAACUCAGAAUUCUCUCCUCUGCAGGAUGUGCUGAGGAGGACCGUUCAAACUCGCCCUGCUCCACAGACUCUUCCCACUGUGGAAAUAAUUGAGAAGGAACAAAACUGGGAAAAGAAGACCGUACCUACUGAUACAGAUAUUCAGAAUUCAAGUGAAGAGAAUCGACUCUUCACUCAAAGGUGGAGAGUCUCUCACAUGGGAGAAGACACAGAGCACAAAAUCCAGGCACCUUUGGUUAACCUCUCACAGCCCCUCUAUAGUUCCCAUCCCAGUGUUCAACAGUCGAGAAAUCCUGCAUUCUCAGAAGAGCUCCCAGUACUGGGAGAUGGGCAGCAGCUUAGAACAAGAGAGAUACCGAUACAAAGAAAGGACAUAAUGGCACGAAUUGCUGAGCUGACACUGCAGAAUUCAGCCAUCAAGGCACAUCUGAGUAAUAUUAACGGAUCAGGAGGCGAGCGAGGGGAUGGACUGCGAGAGUUGAACAAACAGGAGAGCGCUGGUGACAGGACUGCUACUUUUCCAGUCACACAGUCUGUAGUACCAAGCACCAUGGAGGAACGGCUUGCAGAGUUGAAUCGACAGAGUAUGGAGGCUCGUGGAAAACUACUACAGUUGCUAGAGCAACAGAAACUUAUUGGCUUGAAUCUCCCCGCUCCACCAGUGUCGCCUAUUCAGUCGCCUCUCAGAGCAUGGACUGAAGGAGAAAAGAGGACCAUUGAUAUAUGUAUUCCAGGAGCAGAAGUCCCAGAGAGCCCCAAAGGCAAUGAUACUGUCUCUCCUGUCAGUGGGGCAAAUACAAGAAGAUCUUCAGGGGCUACUAGUAAUUCUUGUUCUCCUUUAAAUGCCACCUCAGGAAGUGGACAACUCACACCUGUUAAUCUAAGAACAAAGAUUGAAAAACAAAAUGAAGGCUGGUUUGCUCUUUCUACCCACAUGUCAUAAGUGAAGUUGAAGUCACCUUUUAUAGAGUUUGUUCUCGAUAUUUUAUUGUUGACUUUCCACUCGCUUUUUCCUACACCUUCACAGAUUUUACUCCUUCAGAUAAAACCUACAAAGAUCCUAUGAAUUAAUACUAAUGGGACAGAGAAAAAAAGUUAUUUUAUUUUUAUUUUUUUAUUUUCAAAUAGGUUUUCAACAACCAAUCACCCUUAUAAUUCUCUGUGAA